AUGUCAGAUAUCAUUUUGCGCGUAAAAAGAAAGCGAGAUGAGAAACCAGCAGAUAUAAUUGAAAUAGAGUCCAAAAAAAUAAAAUCGGAAUCAGUCGAUGAAAUGUUGUCUAAUCUCUCGUUAAAUCCCACCAGACUAGUCUUUAAACUCCAGAAGGAUUCUUUUGAGAAGAGAGCUGAAAAUUUCCUUAAGCCUAAUCAAGCUGGGACUGUUUUAGAAAACAUAAAAACAAACUAUAUUGCCAAUCAUAGAGAACGAGCUAAGCUUGAAAGACUUCAAAAAGCUAUUAAUUUCAGGAUUGAUAAAACUAUUGAAGGAGAAAUGAUGGAUGGAGUUGUUUACUGCAAUGGCAAAGCAAUGAAACUCUUAAAUCCAAAUCCAGAUGAGAUAUAUGAAGAUUAUGAGUAUGAUUGAUAUAAAAUAGAAGAAGUCGGAACUGAAAAUAGAAGCUAUCAAGAAGGAAUAUUGUAUUUGAAUUCUGAUGGAGAAAGCCCACAGUUUAGUGAAGAGUCUGAUAGUGAGGAUUCUAAUCGAGAAAAUCAUCCUUAUCAUGAUUAUCCUGAAGAGGAAGAUGAAAGCUAUGGAGGCGAAAGCAGCGAAGAAGAAGCGUCAGAUAAAAGCAUCGAAUAUGAGUAUGAACUUUCAGACUAA